GCUUUUGACACCGCCUGAUGCCCUGCAGACCGCAGUCUUUGACAUGACUGAGCAGGAUGACGAAGAUGAGCGCUAUGAAGAUGUGAGCCGAGUCUGGAUGGAUGAUGAAGCUUCACUGGGAGAGAUCCCAGAAUGCGAGGCUAAGGAGAAGAAGGACGACGAAGAGUUCCACGUGAGGAUGGCGCAAUCAGUGCCAGAGGGUUCUCAGAUGGUUUCCAUCACCCUGGACUCAGGAGCUGACAUUUCGGCUCUGAAUCCAAAGACCGAGACUUUGAUCCCACUACGCAUGGAGAACAACAACAUCCAUCUGAAGGCCAAGAUUGAGAUGGUGAGUAUUUGCCAAGUUGAUGAGGAAGCACUCCUACGACGACGAGAAUAUGAAUGGUGGAGACUUGAAGACAAGCAACGAAGACGUGAUGGAGGAGAAGAAGAUGUGAGCGCAGACGAUGUGACAAGCCAUGAGAGCAUUGACGCACCAACCAACCGGAUCUAUGCCCUUGAGGGGUACCUCAGCAAAGAGCUCGGGACCAUUUCUCGCACUCCAGGUUGGCAUCGUCUUCCAAAUGGUGUGGCAGUUUAUUCAGAUGCAACAGCAGACAAGUUCUUGGACCCAGAAGGCAUGGUGAAUGACAAAUGGAAGAAAAGCAUGACACUGAUGACGAAGCCUGGAAGAGAAGGAAUAUGGUGCCAACUCGAGAACCUGAAGGACUACAACGAACAGGGAGAUCUCGCUUUCAGGUACUUGGUACCUUCAUGGGAUCCUCAUCGGGCUUUGACGUUCAUAAGGCCUUCAGGUUUCGAGGACUUCUAUGAAGAGGGCAGUGAGGCAGAUGAAGCAGCAUUGGCUAUGGAAGAGCCCCAGCAUCAUGAACGUGAUCCACACAAGGAAGUUGCCUUAGACGACGAGGUUUACACCUUGGAGGACGAAGGCAAGAAGUUGAAAGAGGCUUGUGCUGAACGUGGACUUCCCACAA